AUGUUUGGCUAUGGCAACUACUGCUGCAUAGCCUGGUGUAGAAACAAUGGAAGAACGCGAAAGACGCCAGGAACAAAGUUCUUUCGGGUUCCCCGGGACGACAGGUCGAAGGCCUGGAUCCAGUAUGCGAACAGGGACGACCUUCUGGGUAAACAAGCGACUGAGCUGUUCAUGAAGUAUCGCAUCUGUAGUGAUCACUUCUUAGCACGAGACUUCAUGAGUCCUGCAAAAACGAGGCUGACAAGAACUGCAGUGCCUUCUGUUCGCCUCGAGGCUCGACGGGAAACUGGCACAGUUCAAGGCCAUAAGGAGGCGACCACUUCUGGCAGCACACCCUCAACCGGCUGGCCCUUGGCUUCUUCAAUGGUUGCCCAUGACCACAUCGAGGCGACCACUCCUGGCAGUACACCCUCCACCAGCUGCCCCUUGGCUUCUUUAGUGGGUGCCCAUGGUAAGAGUUAG